AUGGAACGAUCAUCAAUUGAAGCUAUAGUACAACUGGGAGUAAGCGAGAGCAAAGCUGUUGAAGCGUUAAAGAAAUUCGGUGGCGAUGUGGAUCGUGCUGCAAACUUCAUAUAUGAAAAUCUGGAUAAUAUGUUUACUGAUCCUGAAGAAACUCCUGGAUUGGCACCAUUGGGCUCAGAUUCACAAACUAGUAACUGGGAGGAUAGAGGAGGGGGUAGCGUGUUAGGUUGUUUCGAUAGAACAAAUGAUUCUUCCUCUCUUGAAAAUGAUCGUGAUAUGAAAACAGCGAUGGAAGCCUCCAUGGCUGAUAAAGAAAAUGAAGACCUCCAAAAGGCGAUCGAUAGGAGUAAGACUGACAGUUACGCUGGAGCUCUUAUUCCUUAUAAUGGUGGUGGUUAUAAGCAAAAAGACAAAAGCUUGACACAACCAUUGUUUCACAUUCCUGUUUUUCGUUUGUCUUUGUUGGCAUUUCGUCCGACUAAAGACGAUUGGGGUAAUGUAGAAGGUUAUUGGAAGGGUCAAAAACAUUAUAAUUAUGAUGAUAGGUCUAAAUUUUAUAGUACGAAUCGUCAGGAAUCUUUAAAAUGUAAUCAAAGAACGUACGGUGAUUCAAGUCUAUUAAUGGAAGUUUUGGAUUUUGAUGAAAAAGUAAUUUGGAAUGAAGCGGAGGUCGUGUGUAAAAUAUAUCCUAGUUGUCUUACAGUUUAUGAUGCGUUGGAUCGCGUAAUGCAAGAAUCAGGAGGGAAUUCGCGUAAACCCUUCUUUACACAAUUAGCACACAUAUUAAUCAUGAACUUAAAACAUAAAGAUAAAGAUAGUAAUACUUGUUAUCCUAGUUUUGGAGGGGAAUCAACAUUCCAAGUUCUUAAAGAAUUAUAUAUGGAUCGUUAUAUGUUUGAAAAUAAUGAGUUUAUUGAAAAUUGUUGGCAAAAAAUUGAAAUAAUGAAGAAUGAACUCAAAAAAAUAAACCAGAGCAUUGAUAAAAUUAUUAAAUUUCAGGGAAAAUAUAAUGGUCCAGAUUUGCUCAAAGGUUCAAUAGAACAUUUUCAACAAAAAUGUAAAAAAGCUGAAGAAAAAGGUGCUUCUGAUAAUAAUGCACUUCAGACAAAAGCUUGGCUAGAGAAUUUCUUGGACAAAGUUGAACAAAAAUUGCACGCUUUGCUUGAAAAAAAGGAUGAACUGGAACAGAAAAUUAGACAAAUGUUUGAUAAACCUGAUAUGAAAAAGUGUCAUUAUCGUCUCAAGGCCGUUUUAGUUCAUAAUGGACAAUCUGGUCAAGGAAAUUACUGGGCUUAUAUAUGGGUUUCAAGGUGCAGCAAAUCAGAUACUCAUAAUCCUAGUACAAUUGAUAAUGGUAACUGGAUGAAAUUCCAAGAUAAUACCGUGGAAGAGGAGAUUUUUAUUCAAGCCACAGUGUUUACACACUUUUUUUAUGUAAACGCAAAAGUUGAUUACAAUUUCCCAAGCCUCGAGAAUGUUAUUCCUGAUUCUCUCAAGGCGUUUGUAGAAAAAGACAAUCAAAUACUUGAAGAAGAAAUAGGUAAUGAGUUCCGGCAAGUAGAUGCAGAAUUACCAGACAGCAAUGCUAUGGACAGCACAUGGGAGUCUGAUUCUACCGCUUGUGGUGGAUUGUCUGAUUCAGAAAAGAAUAUUCAAGCUCGUGUUGAUACAAUAACUGAACAAGCAAAUAAUAUUAAAAUUUAUGAUUCAAAAAUUUUGCAAAGAAUAGAAUUCUUUUUCGUUAAGCUCGGUCAAAGUGAAGCCAUCAAAUCGCUUUUGACUGAAUACAUUGAUUCAAAAUUCACUUCAGCUCUGGAUUGGUCUGAUCCUAUUCCUUUAGUUGAAAAUUAUCGCCGGGAUACACGAUACGUUAAAGUUAUUGACUCCUUCAAUGAAUUUAAAGAGAUAUCUCAAUGUAUCAUUGAAGGUUUAGAUCAAAUGAUAAAAAAGGAAUACAUCCGUGCGAUCGGAUAUUUUUAUAAAGCUUUAGAACUUGAAGAAUCAUGGCUAAAACAGAUAACGUUUAGUAGCGAAUUCAUCAUGGUUAAUGUGGAGUCAUUACGACGAACCAAUUUUAUUCUCUCAUAUGCAAAAAUUUGUUUAAAGGCCAAAAGGAGUGAAUUAUUCGAACAGGCUAUUCGAGAUGCUACAUUUGUCCUAAAAACGUUUAUGGUUUUUGUUAAAAAUUGUAGAACGGAUGUUUUAUUUAAUGAGUUUUUACAGGAAUGGACUAGUAUACAAUCAUCAGCAGAUAAAAUACAUGAAAACUUGAUUUCAGAAUUGAUCAGAGAAUAUAUUUCAGUUAUCGACACUAAUGAUGGAGAUGAAUUAAGUCCUCCGUUUAAAUAUCCGGAUGAAAUUGGCAUGGAUAAUGAUACUACAUUAUGUGAAAGGUAUGAUAAACUAACAUGGAGAUGUAAAGCAGUCUAUAAAGAAUAUAAUCCACCUGAUCCGAAAAAUUGA